UAACAGGAGAGUCGUAAUACUUUGUGUGAACUACAAGACACACAGUGAAAACAAGUGGUUUAACGGUCUGAUCAUCUUUCUCUGCCUCCUUGACGACAUCGUUCUUUGGUUGUUUGAUUUGCUGCAAAGGAAGAUAUGGGAGAUGUACUUACAGAGCUUCCGCCCUCUUCAAGGUUCUUUCAGGAAGAUCUGGACAACUUCACAACUUCAUCACCACCGCUUUCGUCUCCUUCCCUUCUGUUAACUAAUCUUAAACCUGAUAAGCCUCUACAUCCUUCUCUGCUCAUCAUUGCAUUAUCUUCCCCUUCUCUUUAUGUUUUCCACCAUAUAUCCUCAAAGACCCUAAUCGGCAGUCUCGUACUACCUGAGAUCCCUUUCUCAGCAAACUUGAUCGGGCCCUCUCUUGGUGAUAAGUCUUGCAAUAUUUAUGCUCUCAAUGAUGCUGACAAAUUAACACUCGUUGUCUCAGUACAGUACUGCUCUGUCAGUGCUGAGAGGUCCAUUGCAGUUGCUAAGUUGCUUAUUGGUGAUCAAAUAAUUCCUGAGAGGGUUCUAAUAUUGGAUUCAGUUCAGAACCAGAAUUUCCGGGGUAGGCUGGCACCAGACGAGAUAAAUGCUUUCAAGCUGGAGACAUCAGCAGAGAGGAAAGGACUGGGUGAUGAUGGUUCAUCCUUACAGAAAGGUUUAGACUAUUUUCCUUCAGGGAGUGUACUGGAUGGCUUGGCAGCUGCUCUGUUGGCAAGAUGUCAGAUGAGAAAAAUCAGAGGAACUCUUUGUGUUUCAUGGCCUCAACAUGGUGUUUCUGUGGUGGCUAUGGUCAAGUCUCUGCUGCAGAGGAAUGUGUUGCAUGGCUUUGACUUGAGCUCAAUUGGAGAUUCCAAGGAUGAAUCUUCAAGGUUCAGUUCAAUUAAGAAUUAUCCUUUUGAUUCUGAUAUGUAUACAUGAUGCGUUUUAGGUUUAUAGUGUUUCUUUAGUUCGUAGCUAUACUUUGCUCUUACAAGAAUUUUGAAAGAUAUGAGCAGGAAGAUUGUUUGAUUUCCUCUUUA